CGGUAGCGAAGAGCUUGUCAUAAAUAGCUGUGCUCUGCUACAAUAUAACACACUGAGUUAUAUAGUUUAAAAAGUACCAGUUAACUCUGCGAAUGUACAAACGCCUACUCUAACAUUUUCUGAGUUCGAAAGUUACGCUUACACGACAUCUUGACCCCGUCAUCAAGUCGUUCAUUGGAAGCUAGGCAGAGGAGUUGCCAGGUGGUCUGCUUGGAUUCUUACCCUUCACAUUCUAACCAGAAAUGUCUUUUAUCAGUACCCCACCAGAAUGUCAUUUUCCAAUUCAAAAUCUACCUUAUGGAAUUUUCUCUACGACAGAAAAUCCAAAGCAUCGAAUUGGUGUUGCAAUAGGUGAUCAGAUUCUUGAUCUGAGUGCAGUGAAGACUUUGUUUAGGGGACCAGCCCUCAGCUGUCAUCAACAGGUGUUUGAUGAACCCACUCUUAAUGGCUUCAUGGCCCUGGGAAGACCAGCCUGGAAAGAAGCACGGGAAACACUUCAACAUAUUCUGUCUGCUGGAGAGCCUUUGUUGAAAGAGAACCUUGAGCUUAGAGAAAGAGCAUUUGUUCCACAGUCUAAGGCCAUCAUGCAUCUGCCGGCUGAUAUUGGAGAUUAUUCAGAUUUCUAUUCCUCCAAGAAUCAUGCAUACAAUGUGGGCUGCAUGUUUCGUAGUCCAGACAAAGCCUUGAUGCCAAACUGGACUCACCUUCCAGUUGGCUAUCAUGGCAGAGCUUCUUCAAUUGUUGUGUCAGGCACACCAAUCAGACGACCCAAUGGCCAGAUGUGCCCAGACGAAAGCCAGCCACCUCUGUUUGGUCCAUGCAAGUUAUUGGACUUUGAACUGGAAAUGGCCUUCUUCACUGGGCCAGCCACUAAGCUUGGACAGCCCAUUCCUAUCAGUGAAGCUGAGAACUACAUCUUUGGCAUGGUGCUAAUGAAUGACUGGAGUGCUAGGGAUAUACAGAAGUGGGAGUAUGUUCCACUUGGCCCAUUCCUUGCAAAAAGCUUUGGAACCACUAUUUCACCAUGGGUAGUGACUAUGGAUGCUCUUAAACCCUUUAUUGUGGCAAAUGUUCAGCAGGAUCCCACACCUUUACCAUACUUGCAACACAGCGACAACUAUAACUUUGACAUCAAACUGGAGGUUGCAAUCAAAUGUGAGGAACUCCAACAACCAGCAACAGUAGCUAAAAGCAACUUUAAGUAUAUGUAUUGGACAAUAAAGCAACAGCUGGCACAUCAUACUGUCUCAGGAUGUAACAUUAACCCAGGUGACCUUAUGGCCUCGGGAACCAUAAGUGGCGAGUCACCUGACUCCUAUGGCAGUCUACUGGAACUCUCCUGGAGAGGUACAAAGCCCUUGGACUUGGGCAGCAAUGUCACACGAAAAUUUCUGCAGGAUGGUGAUGAAGUCAUCCUCACAGGUUACUGUGAGGGUAAUGGGCAUCGAGUAGGCUUUGGCACUUGCACAGGAAAGAUACUGCCAGCGUUGUCUCCAUAAUGAUUAUGUUCCUGCAUUUUCUUCAGGCUUUCGUUUAUAGCAAUGUUCAACAUUAUACAGAGUAUCCUAUUUCUGUAUUUAAUUGGAAAUAAUUGCCUGAAAAUAUUUGAGUAAAGAAAAGUAAUGGCCAUUUUGUGUAAAAAUGGUAUAAUUGGUUGUGAUUAAUGAAAGAUUGUAUCACACACUCACAAAUAUAUUUUCUCUUACAAUCUAUUCCAUCCACCCCUUACAGAUUCUGAAAGAAUUAUUACAUUUUAGCAUUGAAGAUUUGCUGUUUUUUAACAAGGCUAAGUUUAUUUUUUGUCUAGGCUAAUCGCAGAUUUGCAGACCUGAACAGCAGUACAAUAUUGGUCUAUUCUAUUUUCUAUGAAUUUGGAGUGGUUAGUACACCAACAUGCUUUUUAAAACAAAACAUUUACAUUUUGUCAAGUCACAUAAAUGCUUUUUUUCUUUUAUUUUGAGCUUCUCCAUUUGGCUCUAACCAUGAUAUUUUGAAAGAGUAAAAGAUCUGUCACUGAACUGAUUCAUAACAAAGAAGUACAUGUUUUGUUCCUGCAUUGUGUAUGACUUUGUAAGGUACAUAUCGUUUUUAUCUGUUGAAAAUAGUAUUUUUGCGGCGGAGAAUAUGUUAUGUGAAGUAACAGUUUGGAUAUGGAAUGACAUUUGUCAUGGACUGAUUGUUUAAACAUUUGUGUUUUGUUCUGCCAAUGAAAUGACUAUUAUAAAGUAUUAUAAUAUAUAUAGUAUAGUAUUACAGAGAGAAAAUAUGUGAAUUGAAGGAUAGACAUGUUGUUCAUUGUUUAAAAUAUUAGUGGUUCAUAUUUUUCAUCAUUAUUAAUGUUUGUUUCACUGUAAAACAUCACAUUUUUUUUAGAAUGCUUUUUUAAAAAUCUUGAGUGGAGACUAGCUCAUGCUUCUUUUAUUUUCUGAAAGUAAGUGGAUAUUACAUGCAAAUUGCAUCAAUUAGAGUGUACAUAUAUGAAGAUAUAUGCAUAGCAGUUUCAGAUUGUAUUUGUACUGGCAAGAAUAAUCAGUUAAUCCUAUAACAGCUGAGUACAGAAAUGUUCACAGGAGUAAGCUUAUUUCAGUGCAAAAUAUUCACAAAAUUCAAUUUAAUAUUACAGCUACAUUUACUAUUAACAUUUGCAUGUUAGAAUCCUAACCUGGAAUAAGGUCAGAAUUGUUCUUGUGACUAAAAUCCUGUAUGUCUCUCAACAUCAACAUUUACUUGAGGCUGUCCAGUUGAUUGCCAUUAAUGGCCUAAAUAUUAAGUCAGUGCCUUUUUAUGAGUACUUUAUCACAAAAUACUUGUAACUCAAUUACAUUCUGAAAUUAAUUUCAACAAAUUAAAAAUGAUUUUUUUUAUUAGUGCAAAUGUAUGUGAUGCAUGUGACAUUCCAAUGACUGGACAGCACAGAUGUAUGAUUGCAGCACCCAGCAAGGAAGAUGAAAGUGUUGAACAGUGUUUUAAUACUGGGUAGUGGCUGGGGCAUACUGUGUGCUGCUGGGUAAACUGGUGUGCUGAUCCAUAUUCAUCUAAUCUUGCUCAAACUUCUUCUUUAUUAUACUCUGAUUUAUACCCUAUGGUGUCAGGUUUUACACAUAAAAAAUUCAACGGUU